ACAUCCGCUCCUUUCCUAAUAUUCGUUAAUUUAUCGUCAGUCUUUUUUUAUGUUUUGUAACAACUGUGCGAUAAUUAAAAAAAAUAAAUUUAUUCUCUAAAAACAAAAUAUAAUAAUAAAUAGUCGCGUUUUAUGUAAAUAUGAAUUUAAAAGGACCUCUGUUGUUUGCGUCGUUGGUGAUUUUGGACGUGGCGUCGUGGACCGUCAGACGGGAGGACAUGGAACUAUCGGUUGAUGAGAAACCGGUGAAUAAAAACUCCUUGGAGGAUGCUAGGGAUGAUGAGAGACCGGAUGUGAUGGAGAAAUUCAAAUACGCCAAUGGAUACGAUUAUCAAGGUUAUAGAGAAAUGAAGAUAUCAAACGUGAUCCGAAGCGGCAGCGUCUACCUUGAAGGUCUCAGCGGAGCUCUCCUGGACUACCGACACAUGCUGGAGGCGUGCGGAUCUAACUCCUCCGAAACUAGUAUGCCAGAGAGUUCGGAGUCCUGCGCCUCCGCCUCCGAGGAUAUCAAGCUGGUCCAGAGACUGUCGGAACUGGCGUUGGAGACCACGAAGAAGCUCAGGGACAAAGGAAAUGGGAUGGAUAAGGAUGAUCAAAGCGAGGAGAACGAACUCAUUUUACGAUUAGCCUGGUUCCUGGACCAGCUGGCGCGGUUGACAGGCUACAAACAGAACGACACAAACAUUCCUACAGAUAUAAAAACUUCCACGGAGAAAACGAGAGAAACGAACUUAAAAGAUUCCCUGGAACUGCUGGAGACGGUCGAGAACGGUCGCCCGCUGUCAAAACUCCCGCCGGAACUAAACGUCAAGUCGGUUGUCAAACGGUCAACUGUCGUGACGGAAGUCGCCAAAUACUAUAACAAAUAUAAAAUAUGGACCGGAAGUAACUCGAACGACAUCAAAUCGGACUACGACGUGAGCAACGAUCUAAAUAUAAAGCCAAUGGCGAAGCGGUCGAUACCGAACAAGAAAUACGUCCUCUUACGUGUCACGAAGACGGGAACGACCAAAACUAUGAAUGUACGUAAACUGUUCAGAAAACCGAACGUUGUGAAGGUUGUCGUUGUGAAGAAAAUAAAGAAUAAAUACUGAA